CACAACUUUGAUGAUACAGUGUCUAAGAAGAUUAACGCUUGCUACAGUCUAAAGCUGACCGUUGCAUAUCAGUUAGACAUGAUAUCCUUGUGGGUUUGUGCAGCUUUGCUUGUGGUAGCACAAGUUGAGGAAUCGUCUGCAGCUCCCACAGUCUCAGAUCAGCUACAAGGGAAUUCGUCGAAAGCAAAUACCUCGACAGCAAGAGGGGAGUUCUCCGCCUCCGCCUUCCAAGCGAUCGAACAGGCCAACAAUGCAGAGGCAAACUUACGAAUGUCAGACAGAAGCGGGCUUUUUUUACACGAGGGAGAUAUCGAACUAACAGAAAGCCAACGAAAAAUGAUCAAAACCCAGAUCUCUAGCGGACGACAGAAGCGCGCUACAUUAAGAAGUCUUUCUAAGCGUUGGAUGGAUUCAAGCGGUCGUCCUUUGAUUCCCUACUACAUCGAGGGCAGUGUGGCGCAUGCCCGCGGUGUCAUAGAUCAAGCCAUGAGACACUGGAUGAGUAAAGUUCCUUGCCUGAGGUUCGUUCGAAGAACAACUCAUCGUAACUACGUCAGUUUCUUUUUUGGAGGAGGCUGCUAUUCCAUGGUGGGACGAAUUGGAGGAAGACAAAAGAUUUCCAUUGGGCGGGGCUGUGAUCAAAUUGGCGUGGUUGUUCAUGAAAUUGGACAUGCUCUCGGGUUCUGGCACGAGCAAUCCCGUCCCGAUAGGGAUCGUUACGUCAACAUUCUCUGGAAUAACAUCCCAAGCGGAGUCCGCUCCCAAUUCACGAAGAUGUCGACAAGUACCAUUAACUCGCGCGGAAUCUCGUAUGAUUACGACAGCGUGAUGCAUUACCACUCUACCGCGUUUGGUAAUGGACGUAUAACCAUCACACGCAAAGAUGGAAGCACCAGGCUGGGAAACAAUCGAGGACUGAGUUACAAGGACAUCCAACAGGCAAAAUUGAUGUAUUGCCCCGGACAACCCACAAGAAGACCUGUUACUGCAAAACCAAGGCCGCCCACGGGUUGUCGAUAUAAAGACAAUAACCGAAACUGUCCAUUUUGGAAAUCCAGGGGUUACUGCACGCACACACAUCGGACGUACAUGAGACGAAACUGCCAAAAAAGUUGCUUCUGCGGAACAAAUACCAACUGCCGUGACCUUGAGCGACACUGCCCAGCUUGGAGACAGAGAGGUUACUGUCGGCGAAACUCGCAGUACUACACCUACAUGUCAAAAAAUUGUAAAAAAUCCUGUGGCUCCUGCUAAACCAGCUUAGUCUGCGAAGCUGGAAAAAUGUGAAAUCACUCUGAGGCAAAGUUUGUUGUAGCCACACGUUUUUCAAUGCGUUAAUAAAUUGUUUAUUCUCUA